CAGAGGGAGAGAAGAAACGGUCUGAUUUUGUCAAAGUUGAGGGGAAAGAAACCAACAAAACAAAGAAAUAGCAAAACAACAACAAAACCAAAGCAAAACCCAUUGAAGUUAGUUUCCACCCUUUUUAUACUCGCCGGCGUUGCCGCCCUGAUUUUGAACACCCUCCUUUCUUCCCUGGAUCUCCACAAGAUUUUACUUCCAGUUUUCUUGGCGUCGCAGGCACAUAGCGAAGUCAGUAUACAGAAUUUGCUGAACCUUCUCUGAUUCUUAUUUCAUUAUUUCAAGCAACUGCCGGCUCAUCUUUUGCAUUUUUUCCCACUUGAAAAUGUCCAGUCUUAAGAAAUCUCCCUUAAACAAAAAUGCUAAACAAACCUCUGUUAACCCCAAAAACCCUGGCUAUUCAACCUCCAACCCUUUUGAUUCUGAUGACGAGUUAAACCACAAAACCAUUUGUAAACCCGCAAGGAAAACAACUUCUGAACCUACUCUAGAUACCCCAAAUUUCAGUGCCAGCCCCUUGGAUGAUAGUGCAGGAAAACAGACCACUUCGUCUUCCUAUUCACUUUAUUCAACAGCAAGAAACAGAUACAAGUCUGAUUUCCAUGACUCGGGAGGAGUAGAGAACCAGAGCGUCCAAGAAUUGGAAAAUUAUGCAGUGUACAAAUCUGAGGAGACUACGAAAACAGUUGAGAGUUGCUUGAAGAUUGCGGAGGACAUGAGAGGAAAUGCUACCAGGACUUUGGUCAACUUGCAUCAGCAGGGGGAGCAACUCACCAGGACUCAUAUGGUCGCUGCUGACCUCGAUCAUGAUCUUAGCAAGGGUGAAAAGCUUUUAGGAAGUCUUGGGGGCCUCUUCUCCAAGACUUGGAAGCCAAAGAAGACUUCUCCAAUAAUCGGGCCUGUGAUAAUACGAGAUGACCCAACUCAUAGAAGGGGUAACCACUUGGAGCAGCGGGAGAAAUUGGGAUUGGGCCCUACAUCUAAGGGACAGUCGAAUACACGGACACCACUGCCUGAACCUACUAAUGCACUGCAGAAAGUUGAGGUAGAGAAGGCAAAGCAAGAUGAUGGACUUUCUGAUAUAAGUAAUAUACUGGGGGACCUGAAGGAUAUGGCUCUUGACAUGGGAUCAGAAAUUGAUAGGCAAAAUGAAGCUAUGGGACACGUUCAGCAGGACGUAGACGUGCUAAAUACCCGGGUUUUAGGCGCCAAUAGAAGGGCAAGGCGUUUACUCGGGAAAUAGAAGCUGCAGGGACCAGAACUGGUAUUUGACAUUGGCUUGUUGCCUCCUUUCCCUUGCCCUUUUGUCAUUAUUCUUCAAACUUUCCUGGAUUCGCGUAGUCCAAUUCGGUUCUCAUUUUAGUUUUGCAUUCCUGUAUUCCCCCCAUGUGAUAUUGUAUAGAGCUAAAAAUACAAGAUAAAGAUCUUGUUAUGAAAUUAUAAACCAUAGAUUUUCAAUUGUCCUCCUUAAAUAUACCGUCUCUGGCUGUUCCCUGGUUGCUGCA